CGCUUGUUUUUUCCGCCACCAUUUGCCCAGGCUGACUCCGGGCGUAGGUUUCGUAGCCGUUGCGGCGUCGCGCCCAUGCGACACUUCCUGGGCUACGUCUGCACCGCCUGUGCGGGGGUCUUCAUCGGCAGCCUGAUCUCGCGACAGCCUGACCUGCUAGCCACCCAGUCUAGGCUCCCUCAGGCCUCCGGGGACCCCAACGGCAAGCCCAGCUUCUCGGCGAGCCAGCUGCGGGUGGAUGGGGACUUCCUGAAGCGCGAGGGCAAGGAGGUUGUGCUGGAGCUCCCGCCCGUGUUGGUUUGCGACCCCCUAGAGCAUGUGCUGGUGAUCAACCUGGAGGGCGAAGGUGGUCUGGCGAGACGCGAGCACAUCAAGCGUGAAUUCGAGAAAGCUGGCCUGAAAGGGCGGUUUCACUUCUGGCCAGCGGUGAACUUCAAUACGGACGAGCAGUUGGCCAAGGAGAUGAACAGGAAAAAGUGCCCCUGCGAUGCCAAGAAGGGCUGCGGUCUGAGCCACCGGCGGCUCUACGAGAUGAUGCUCUAUGAGAAGUGGCCCUGCGCCACGAUCUUCGAGGACGACGUGACGCUGGCGGCCAACUUCAGCACCCGGGUCGCGGCCAUGAAGGAUAGCAUCCCCCCCUUCGACGUGAUCCUGCUGGGCUACUGCCCUGGGGGCUACAAGCCGCGGCGGGGGCCCAAAGACCAGAGCUCGGUGCCGACGCUGAAGUACGGCUGGCCGGGCAGCUGCGUCCACGCCUACACCAUCUCCUUGCAGGGCGCCAAGACCCUCACGGAGGCCAACACCCCAGUGAUCGUGCCCCCAGAUGGCGCCAUGGAUGGCAUGCACCACUGGGGCAACCGCACCAGGAUCCACAUCGACCGAUCCGGCGGGGUCUUCACGGGCUCUUAUUGGUACGUCCACCCCCAGCUGUCUUGGCAGGGCGUAGAGGCAGACAACCUGGAGGGUGGUGUCUAAACAUGGCACUGUUUGGAGCUUGGAGCUGGGUGCUUAAAGUCGAGAGGCGCUCGAAUUGGCGGA